CUCUAUCUGGUCCAUGUGCACCUCGGGAUGGACAAAACUGCAAGUACAGCCAUGAAAAUACACCUUUAUCAGACUGUGGCUGGGGUUUGAUUUAACAACGACCAUUACAAAGCAAUACAUGGCAUGGAAGAGGUUUUAAUGCAGUAACAGGUAAAUCCAAUUAAUACUAAUUUUAAUUCACACUUACCAAAGGCAUCUUCAUUCACUUACCUGUGUUAGCAAAGCAACAGAAGAAAUGGCAACACUUUCUUUAUUCACAGAUCUUUCUAAGUAUUUUACAAUUUUAAUAAAUCUGAUUGCUCUAAAUGUUCCUUUUUAAUUAUAUUCAGCAUCACACUUCUUUGAAAGCAUCUGAGAACAGAAGGAGAACAGAAAAAAUAAAUAUCUGUUUGAUCCUGAGUUACCCAUUAACAACAUAUUCCCAACUUCUCUGGCUAUAGAAGGAACUGCAAAACAUCGUGAGAGGUCACUCUGUCUAUACAAUAAUAAUUCCUGGUUUGGUCUUUAAACUGCAGCACUCACAAUGGCACGCUCCUUGCUCCACCUCCUUUUCCAGAACCCUUCGGGCACCCCCCAUAAAACCAGCAGGAGAGACACCUGCGGGUGUUGAAGCAUCUUGCCACUUACAGGGAAAGGGGCUAGAGAGCCAAGGAUAUUUCACACAAAUGUCGAAAGAUUUAUCCAUUGAUGUGCCACCUGAAGCUCCUAAAGAAGACGGCAGGCCAAAGUGGGACAACAAGUUCCAGUACAUUUUGAGCUGCAUCGGGUUUGCCGUUGGCUUGGGGAACGUGUGGCGGUUUCCAUACUUGUGUCAGAUACAUGGAGGCGGGGCAUUCCUGAUCCCAUAUUUCAUCGCUCUUAUCUUUGAAGGAAUCCCACUGCUGCAUCUCGAACUCGCCCUAGGACAGUGCCUGAGGAAAGGCAGCAUCAAUGCCUGGAGUGCCAUCUCACCUUAUCUUGGAGGAGUUGGGGUUGGUUCGUGGAUGGUGUCGGUUCUGGUGAGCUUGUACUACAACACCGUUUUAACCUGGGUGAUGUGGUAUUUCAUAAACUCCUUCCAGGAGCCCCUGCCUUGGAGCAUCUGUCCUCUAAAUGAAAACAGAACAGGGCUCAAUGAAGAAUGUUAUGAAAGUACCGCAGUCAAUUAUUUUUGGUACAGGAAAACUCUGAACAUAACACCCAACAUCGCUGAGAGCGGCACGUUACAGUGGUGGCUUGUUUUGUGCUUAGCAGCUUGCUGGGCAAUUGUGUACCUCUGCACCAUCCGAGGAAUUGAAACCACAGGAAAGGCUAUUUAUGUAACAGCAAUAUUUCCUUACCUAGUCCUAACUAUAUUCCUUAUUCAUGGACUCACUCUACCAGGAGCCGCUGAAGGUCUGGCUUACCUCUUCACCCCUGAUCUGAACGUUCUGAAAAAUCCCCGUGUAUGGCUUGAUGCAGCCACCCAGAUCUUCUUCUCUCUCUCCUUGGCUUUUGGAGGGCUUAUUGCAUUCUCAAGCUACAAUCCCCCAAAAAAUGACUGUGAAAAGGAUGCUGUGACAGUAGCAAUUGUGAACAGCUUGACAUCCCUCUAUGCUUCCAUCCCAGUAUUUUCUGUUUUGGGGUUUAAAGCAACCACGGGCUAUUGGGACUGCUUGGACAGGAAUAUUAUCAGUAUCAUCAAUGAAUUUGAUCUUCCAGAACAAAGCAUCAUGCGACAGAACUAUACAGACUGGAUUACGUUCCUGAAUUCAUCAUAUCCAGAAAAAAUUGCUGGACUCAAACUGAAAAGCUGUGACCUUCAAGAAUUUCUUGAUCAGAGUGUAUCAGGAUCUGGCCUGGCUUUCAUUGUGUUCACUCAAGCAAUCAUCCUAAUGCCAGGCUCACAGGCCUGGGCCAUCCUGUUUUUCAUAAUGUUGUUCAGCUUGGGCCUUUCUUCCAUGUUUGGGAACAUCGAGGGAGUCUUCACACCUCUUCUAGAGCUUCAGAUUAUAUCUAAAUCAAUACCUAAAGAGCUUUUAUCUGGUAUAAUAUGCUUAGUUGCCUUCCUUAUUGCUCUCUGUUUUACACUGAGUUCAGGGAGUUACUGGAUCGACAUUUUUGACCGCUAUGCAGGCUCGCUGCCUCUUCUAGUCAUCGCUUUCUUUGAAGUGAUUGGUGUUGUGUAUGUCUAUAAAAUUAAGAGGUUCAGUGAAGAUGUGAAAUGGAUGACUGGACGAAAACUAAACCUCUACUGGCACAUCACAUGGAGGUUUAUUAGCCCUCUGCUCCUGCUAAUUGUCUUUGUGGCCUUUGUUAUUCUCCAAAUACAGAAGCCACCAACCUACACAGCCUGGAACCCUAAACACGAAGACUUCCCUACGAAGGAGGAGAAAGCCUAUCCACCUUGGGUACAGGCCAUCUGUGUGCUGUUAGCUGUCCUUCCCUGCAUAUUUGUACCUCUGGUAGCACUCUUCCAGCUGGUCAAACAAAUGUGGAGAAGCAAGGACCCAAGAUUUCCACCACCAGAAGUGUUUUCAUGUCAGGAGGUUAACAGAAACUUCUCUCAUCCAAAAAAAUAAAAACUCAUUGCACCUGCCUGAAGUCAAGAAGACAGCCUUCGUCAGAUAUGAUUAGAUGUAGUGUUAAACCGUGUUAGUUGAGUGAUACAUGUAGUUCUGCUUACAGCCACUCAUUAGCACUCUAUAAACAGUGCUGCUAUUUGCUUUAUUCUCAACCAAUUUCACACUCAUAUUAAUACUGUCCCACCUACACAGUGCCCCGAAUCCUACCUACCAACAAGUAGUCCCCAUUGCUUUAAUUUUUUCGUAUAUUACCAACUUCAGAUCUCUGUCCAGCCAGAUUUUAAACCUGGAAAGCCUGGCAGUUAUUCCAAGUGUCCUCCGUCUUCCUUCACUUCCCUUGUAAAUAAACAGACUGUUCCUAAGGAUCACCAACAUAAAAAUUAAAACCCAAGAAACUACAUUCUCCAUUCACUGACACCCCCGCACCCCUCCCCGAGAUUUGGAAUGGAAGCUUGUGAAGACUAAGGACUCCACUUACUUACUAGACUUUACUUUUUGUAAAUUCCUUUAUGCAUUUAAAUAGUAGUUAUUUUAGUAGCUACAUCCUGAUUAUGAUUUAAUAAUUAUUGUUAUUAAUAAUA